AUGCGUAUUAAUGACACAGCAAAUUGGGUCAUCCACCCCGCUACUUCCGACAACUGGACUUUGCAGAUCAAGUACGUUCAGCAAAGGGACUCGGGAGCGUACGAGUGUCAGGUGAACACAGAGCCCAAGAUAUCGAUGCCGUUUUACCUUACUGUGGUUGAGUCCAGAGCAACGAUCCAGGGUCCAGGUUACGUCAAGGCUGGCAGUACUAUCAACCUCACCUGUAUUAUUAACCAGGUGAAUGUUGAAGGACUGGUCUACUGGUAUCGCGACCAAGAGAUCCUAGAUUACGAAGGUCCCGUGUCCAUCCUGACGCAGGAGACGGCGGAGGGCACCACGUCGCGACUCACCAUCAGGAACGCCACGCCCAAGCACUCCGGGAACUAUACGUGUUGGCCCACCUCCGCGCAGCCCUCGUCGGUGGUCAUCAACGUCGUUUUGGAGGGCGAGCAACCGGCAGCGAUGCAAACAGGUGUUGGCACUCGCACCUGUUCAACGACGCACCUGCUAUGGAUGCUCUUACUUUCCCUUACUCUCGUGCUCCUUCCUGGACACAGAUGA